AUGCUUCCGGACAUACCAUCACAUGCGACGCUGAAGACCCCACGACGGGCGGAUGAGAAGAACCCGGGGCCGCUGGAAGUUUUUGAGGAGUCCAUCCGACGGGAGAGGUCCUCUGCGCGGCGGGGCGCGGCCAAAAAGUUCCGGAACCCACCCGCCUUGGAGGCUUGGCUGGACUCCUCGCUGGAAGCCCAGCAGCUCAGCUCCAAAGCUCCCUGCCAAGAGAGGUUCCGGUUGCACCGAGAGGCUUUGGCCUGGCUGUGCGAUCUACUCCCUACGUAUGGCAGCAUCCUGUCCAGAGUACUGGACGAGGUCGAUGGAGCCCUGCACAGGAUGGAGGCAUGGCAAGGUGAGCUUCAGAAGUUGCACGGCUUGAACCGCACGCUUCAAGGUCAGCUGAGAUCCCGUCAGAUUCUGCACAAACUACAGCUCGAAGAAGCUUGGUCUGCAGCCAGACAGAGCUCGGCAGCUGAGACCAAGCCGGUCUCGCCGGUGGAGAGCCUCAGCAAAGAGGGCCACAAGGAGGCCCAAGCUGAAGUCACCAAGCGCAGACACGCCGAGCGGAAAUCGCUGAAGCUCCAAUCCGAGCUUGAGAGCGUGAGGCAUCAGCUGAAGGAGCUCGAAGUCAAAGAGGCUGACAAAGUUGCAGCCGCAGGAGAAGUGCAAAGGCUUGUGGACCAGAGAGAUCAGCUGUCUCACACAGUGAAUGCGUUGCGAAAGGAAUGUUCGCAGCUGCAGUCCGACCUGCAGAAGUCUCAGCAAGAUAACCAGCAGCUGAACAAGGAGCUGGACUCGAAGUCAGAAGAGUGCCGCCAACUGCAGGAUUCUCUGCAGGAACCUGGAGAGUCGAACAUGAAAGAGCUGCCUCCGGGAGAGCUGGUGCGCAACGCGUCCGUGAAGCCCACGAGCUUCCUGGCGGCCGUGAAGUUGGAGAGAGACCCAACGGUGGCUGCCGAGGAAACAGACUACGUCCCAGACAGGCCGCAGGGCAUGGCAUUUCAGGCGUCUGCGACCAUGCGACGGAGGCAGUGGGAAAAUCCGCAGAACUGGACCCUCAGCAUUGACGAAUGGGACCAAGUGCUCACUUUCUGCCAGGAGCAGGAAGCGUAUCAGGUCUUCAAGAGCCACGGCAAGAAGUACGUGAACAUGUAUGACCUGAACCAAGAGUAUGUCAAACCAUGGACACGAGGAGAGGGCUGUGGUGUCGCCGUCAUGAUGAGCCAGCACCGUGAGGAUUCAGCGCAGCUGAUGCUGUCACACGCUUGGGCGGAAGAUGUCGAGGAGUGUCAAUCGGCAGUCAUGGAGCAUGUUCGUCAAGCCCAACUGCCACGACAGACAGCUGUGUGGUUCUGCCUCUUUGCAAAUUUCCAGGUUGGAGAUGAGAGUGGGCCCAGCAUUGAAGCCCAGUUAAGCUUGAGGCCAUUCGCGAGUGUCAUCUCGGCUGCCAGCCUGAGAAGAGGGACAGGCUAUGGACUUCACGCCAUACACACGUCCACAGCUGAUCUUUACAAGAGGCUCUGGUGCGUGCAUGAAGUCGAGCGCGCCUUGAAGGGUGAUGUAGAUGUGAGCACAUCCAUGUCAGACAAGUACAAGGAGCAAACCCUGCAAAGACUUCAAUUUUUUCUGAGCGAGAAUUGCAGCACCAGCACUUGGGAAGACUGCAUGUGGGCGGCCAACGUGAAGGUAAAGACAAUCCAAGCCAGGUGUGAUCGGAUGGAAGAUGAGAAAAUGCUCAUUACCGAGAUCAUGGCCACUGGUGGCUUCGAGCGCAUCGACUCCACCAUCGAGAGGUUUAGGGCAGAGACCUUCGGUCAGAAUUACGAACUGAUGCUGAAGGCUGUGGGUCGUCAUGGCCAGGCGCUCAAGUUCGCAAGCUUCGAGCGCCUUGAGCGGAAGUUGAUCCACAACUUAGUCCUCACUGCCGUCCGAAGCUCGGGAGCUUCGUUGGCUCAUGCUCCGGUGGAGCUGAAGGCCGACAAGGACCUGGUCAUCGAGGCCGUCAAGCAGGACGGCAUGGCCCUGCAGUAUGCGGCAGAGGAGAUGCGCGUGGACCGUGAGGUUGUUUUGGAGGCCGUGCAGCAGGAUGGUCUUGCGCUCCAGUAUGCAUCGGGAUCUGCCCUUCUGGAUGACUCCGUGGUGUUGGCCGCUGUGGCGCAGGAUGGCGAAGCAUUUCGCUUGGCCCCGGACAGCAUGAAGAUGAACCGCGAGAUCAUGGAGAGGGCUGUCGCGAGCAGCCCGAAGGCACUUCAGUAUGUUCCACACGAACUGCAGAAGGAAGCCCUCGAAGUUGUGAAGAGCUCCCCCGAGGCUGUUGCCCAGCUGGAAAGGUCAACGACCAUUGCAGGCAUUGUGAUCCAAGCCGAGCAACAAGUGGAGCGGAUGGAAAAGAUGGAGGUGACCAGAAGGCAUGCAGAAGUGGCUGAAAAGACCCAAGAGCGGUUGCAGCAAGCCAUCAACCUCAUGAAGAGUGUUCGACCACACGUGGCAACGCAGAAGCCGAAGCGCGCGCUGCGGCUGAUGCUGCUGGGCCUAGACUGCCUCUUCCAGAGCACGCAGGAUCCAUCCGCCAUCUUCCGUGCUCGCCAGGCCAUCGAGAAACAGUUCAGUACUACCACGGAUGAGGAGAAGAUGGAUUACGUGGAUGUCCUUCUAGACAGAGAUGUUGCCAUGCACGCCUCUCUGAAGAACUCCCUCUUCCAAUGCCUUGUCCAGUACAAGUCGCAGCUGGCUGACAAGGCCGGUGCUUCAGACAGAACGUCUUCUCAUCCCGUCAGGCGGUACAGCAUGCAGGUGCCGAGGUUGGAGCCCACGCCCUCCGUCGAAUCUGAGCGCUCUGACCGCCACAGCAGCCGGGCGCUCACUGCCGCGACAAAGAUUUCAGUGGAUCACCUCCAGGUGGAUCCACCCCCUGUAGCACCUUGA